CCAUCUUGAAAUGAAUUCUACCUUGGAUUGUACGAUUAAAGACGGAGGGAAGAAAUUUUCCAAUCUUUCUUUUAGUAUCCUCAGAUUGACAUUUCUGGAACUUUCAUGAACGUCAGGUUUGGGGGAUGGAAAAGUGAUGAAACAGAAAGGCAACGAUGAAUUUAUCGAUUGUUACCAAUGAGAAUAGGUUGAAAAUUGCAGUGUAACAUGGCUGGCACGGAAAGGAACGUUGAUGUGGAAGAAAGAGACAAGACAUGGGAGCACUCCCAGUCUCAGGCAGUAGACGUAAAGUCCAAGGUCAUGGUCAAGUCAGCUCGGAGACUUCCCAUCUACCAGUUCUCAAGAUUGGAUCAAAACACCGACCUACACAGACCGCCGGACAACUGGCUUCGGAGUGACGCUAAGCUGUCCAACACCUGGGUGACUGGUGAAUGCACACAGUUUUCAAGCUUUGCCAUGGCUGAAACAUUGCCGGAUACUGUUGGUGAAGUGGACGUCAUCUCGGCAGCUGAGAACAUCAAGAAACUGCUGAAGAUACCAUUCAGUAAGACCCAGGUCAGCAUGGCCGUGCACCGCGUGGGCAAGACCCUACUGCUGGAUGAGCUGGAUUUGUACAAGCACCUCAGAAGUGCAUCGCAGGGAGAAAGAGAAUGGAUGAAGACCUUCCUCAUACAGGCGGUGUUGUCCGAGGGGAAGAGUCUGACCAUGAAACGCAAAACCAACGAGCUUCUUCAAAACUGGAAUCUGUUGUCCAAGUUCCUGUACUACAGUAUUGGUAAUUCAUCAGAUGAGUCAGUUCCCCAGCAGACCUACGACUUUGAGGAGCAGCACUUACCACCGAACCAGUCUGCUCUGAUCCAGAUACCAGACCUACUACCCAAGACCAAGCCCAGUGAAUUUGCCCGUCAGGCCCUGUGGCAGUUUGAAGAUAUCCGCAUGCUGAUUGGCACUGACCUGCCUAUCUUUGGAGAAGGCAUACACCCCGCUGUCAGCCUGAGACUAAAGGACAUGAGCAGCCCCAUCAAUGUCCUGACUGGCCUAGACUAUUGGCUGGAUAACCUUAUGUCCAAUGUACCAGAGCUAGCCAUGUGCUAUCAUCUCAACGGCAUCGUCCAGAAGUACGAACUGCUCAAGACCGAAGAGAUACCCAACCUAGAAGAUGCUAACUUUGCUCCCCAGGUAGUGAAGGAUGUCGCACAGAACGUCUUGUCUUUCCUGAAAAGCCACUGCACUAAAGAAGGACACACGUACUGGCUAUUCAAAGGUGAAGAUGAAGACGUAGUGAAACUCUACGACCUGACAAGUCUGUGCAACGAGUAUCCCAACAGGCCCUGGGAAAAUCCCUUCAUUUCACCGGUUGCCAUACUGCUGUACAGAGUGGCAAGGAAUCUGUCCAUGUCCGGGCCAAACAAGAAGGAUAAAAGCACCAUCUACAAGCUGCUGAAGAAUUGUUUGCAGUUGCUGGAAGGCAGGGAGGGGAGCCAUCCGGAGGUAGCAGCCUCAGCGUGUCACCUCCUGUCUCACGUCUUCAUCAACGAGGACGACCUGACCGACUCCCCGCCCCCUGCUUUUUCAAGCUCCGCCUCCCAGAAGCCCUCCAAGAAGACCCCACAGCAAGCAGACUCCUCGUCUGGUGAUGAUGAGGAAGAAUUCGUCAUCGAAGAAGAGGACGGAGAGGCGUCGCUGACCGUGCCCACCAUGGACACGCAGAGCCUGAUGCUGCCGAGCGGUAAACACGGUGUCUUCAAGGAGCGCAGACGACGUAGACGGUCGGCCAAGACUGUGUACGCCUCCAAAGAGGAGAAGGCCAAGAAAGCUUUCACGUACAUCGUCAUGGGUCUGAAGAGCAUCAUAGAAUGCCCCAAAUCGACAGAAGCACCUAGUCAGGAACAGGCGGCCAAACUGCCAAGUCCUCUGCCAUCCCCUACUCGAGUAAGGACCCUUUGCUACCCUAGUAGCUCCGUGGCGGGGGAGAGCCGGGGGAAGACGGAUCGUGCUGAUGCUGAGCUGAGGCAACUACCGGAAGGUACUGGAGAAGACCAGCGACAAAGUGAACAGGAGGCAUCUUACACAACAAACAAGAAGUGCGACAGUAGGGCGGAAGCCAAGCAACUUGGCGCAGAGAAGAAAGAGUCGUCAAAGAGUGAUUUGAAUCUCAGUGAUCAAGUAAAGGAAGUUGGGAUCGCAUGCAGCACAGAGUCAAGAGAUUCCGGUGAAACGAAGAGUGCCACUGAGGUUUCAGAUUUAGAGAUUGUGGUUAGUUCAUCCAGCGUCAUGCCGGUCGCUCCCUUCCCUGGAACGGCCGAUAAUUCUGGGCAGGAUUUAGAGAUCAGGGACAGUGCAAAACCAAAGCAACCAAAUGUAAGCAAGUUGGAGACUAGCGGCCCAUCAGUGCAUGAAGGUAUCCAACUCAGGGAUCAGUCAGAUGACAGCAACGAGAGCUCUGGUUCGUCAGAUACUUCGUCAUGUCUCCCAGAAGACACAAAGCCAUCCACAGGUGAAGAAGAACCUCUCCCACUGACCGAUCUGUCCAUCGCCACCAGGACCUGGCACCCGGGAAGCUGGCAGCACGAGAUGAACUUCCUGCUGCUCAAGAAGGCGUGCGAGGCCUACCUUGUGCUGGCCAAGAUAGCUCGUGAUUCGGAGAAGUAUGGACGAGCUCUCCACUUGGCCCACAUGUCCUUACUCUGUCAAAGUGCUUGCCAGUCAAUGGACGUAGUGAAUCUACCAGAUACAAACAGCGCCCCCAAUCUACUCGGCGACCAGCUAGCGGUGUGCGGUGACUGCCUGACGCUACUGACGCACAAUCUGGCCUCGUAUCUCAGACAGAGGGAAGACUUCAAGUACUUGACGGCGGACGAUCAAUUUAUCCUGAGAGUUGUUCAACAACACCAUCCCACUAAUGAGUACGAAUGGGCCGUCGAUUUUCGCAACGACACUGAGCACAACCUGAAGACCAGCAUACAGUGCUACAUGCUGGCGCUGAGUGAAAGCAGCGACCGUGGCGAUGAUUACGUGACGGCUCUGACGAGAAAACAAGGCAACGCACACAACGAGUUGGGAGUCUACUACAUGAAUCAGGCGCUUGUGUUACGGAAUAACGAAGGCAGUCUUCAAAGUGAGCAGGAUCUGUGGCGCAAGAGCCUGAGAUGUUUUGAGUCCGGCAUUGAGAUAUUCGAGAGCGUGAAGGACGGGGCCAACAUCGCCCUCCUGCUGUGCAACAUGGGCAAGCUGAUGAGACUGUGCGCCUUCAGCUUCGGCGAGAGCGAGUUCUGUAGCGGGAGCGAGAUGAGCCAACAGGAACGCUCCUACUACUACAAGGCCAUUGAUUAUUACCAGAGGGCACUGAGGCAGCUUGGCCAGCGCAAGAAGAACCCGUAUCUAUGGGAAUCAGUGACAUGGGAACUGUCAUCUACAUAUUUUGCCAUGGCAACCAUCUUGCAGGACCAUCCACCCCUGUCUUCUAUGGCUCAGGAACAGGUUGAGAAGGACAUCAUCGGACUGAUGAACAAUGCCUUGCAUCUGUGUGAAGUAGAGGACAUCACACCAGCCAAGCAGCCUGUGUAUCAGUACCGGGCAGCUACCAUACACCACCGCUUAGCAUCUAUGCAUCAUAAUGCCUACAGAAAUCAGUCAUCCCUGCAGAAGCAGAAGCACACGCGCUCGCUGGCUGAGCUGCAUUAUCAGAAGGCCGUCAGGCUGUUCCAGGACCUGGACCGUCCCUCGGAGCUGCUCAGGGUUCUACUGGAGAGAGUCGCACUCCUGGAACACCAGUUUGAAGGUCAGUCUGGCAUCAGUGCACGCAUCAAGACAUUACAUGCAGGCCUGGAGGCCCUCCUGCAGUGCAAGGACGCGCUGAGCGCAUUACAUAAAGCAAGAACCAAGGAAGCGACGCAGUCUGACGUGCCUGCUGGUGCCACGCGAAAUGUUGACGGAGUUGACUCGGACGUUGUCGAUCGCUGUCCGAAUCCGCAAGAGUUGGACGUGGAGGAAGGCGAUUCCUCUGGUUUAAGUGGUGACAGUGAGGGCGGCAGUGUUGAGAUUUUGGACUCAAAAGGAGUUUUGUUGGAAACAAGCCUGCCCAAUUCUAGAACAAGAAACCAGGGACUCCAAUCUGAAGUGGGGAAGGGAUCAUCUGAUGAAGAGAAAAAGCAACAGGAGAAACUUCAUGAUGACUCAAAGCAGGACCUAGGUGCUCACAAACCUGCCCAGGUGAGCUCCAAGAAGAGAUACGGAGUUACAGGUCAGGGGUCACAUGCAGAAGGUCUUGGGUCAAAGGUCAAGGCCAGACUGAGCGAAGGGGAAGAGGAGCAGCAAAGGAAACUUCAAGUUGACUCAACGGAGGAGGCAGGCUCUCACAAGCCUGCCCAGGUCAGCUCCAAGACAAGAGCCGGUAUUGGGGGUCAGGGGGCACAUGCUGAAGGUCAGAGUUCAAAGGUCAAGGACAGACUGAGCAAAGAGGAAGAGGAGGAGCAGCUGAGGCUGGAGACAAUGUGGGAAUCCAGGCUGCAGUAUAUGCUGCGGAACCUGGUCAAGUUGCACAGCGCUAACAAGAAAGGGAUGCAGCAAAUAGCCGACUACAAGAAGAUGUAUGCAGCCUCCUUGGGGAGAACCCGUCCCUCAUCAUCGUCCCCAUCCUCCCUCUCAUCUUGCUCCUCCUCAUCGUCUCUGACUCCCGAGUCCACUAAGACACUGGUCAGCAUCUUGGACGAGGUGCAGCAGUUGUUCCAGGGUGUUAAAUGAAAAGAGCAAACCUCUCUGUUUUGGCUGAAUCAGAGCUGGAAAUCCAUUUCUUGUGUGUUUUAUUUGUGUGUCAGUGUUUGCAAAUUCAUUUUGAUCGCAAACUUGCAAUCGAUAUUGUUUCGUUAUAUUUGUGGUUAUAGAGCCAUUUUAUCAAAAGAGCCCAUAGAUCAUUGUCACAAGUCCCCACAAAUUCUCACAAUGCAAUCACAAGUCAAUGACAUGUCAUCCUAUCUCAUGUCAAGCUACUGAAGUAAACUGCGACAGAAGCAUUCCUUUGUUACUGUUCAUCCCAUGUUUAGUACAUUCCUUGUGAUGUCUUUGUGAUGGGACUUGACAGCAACAGUGACACUGUGACUCGCAAGCCUGAAGAAACCUGCAAAGACAUCAUGAUGAUAUGAAGAAAUGUGGAUCCAUAAGGGAA